AUGGCGAGACUCACUGACGAUGCCGGCGAAACUUCUGGGAAUGUACCACGUCCACGGUCUGAGUUUGGAAAUGAUCAUGCAUACAAUUGGUUCCGGGCUAGAAACGCAAAUCCUGUUGAUGUUGAAUUACCGACACGUCUAUUAGAGGACUUUCUUUUGGCUUUGACACAAUUGAACGUGACCCUCCUUGUGCGGAGGUCCGACCAACUCCCUUAUGCUUCAGUUAUGAGGCACGAAGGAGCUCCAUAUGGUAAAGUGGUGUUCUUGGGAGGCGGUUUGCGGAGGCACGCGAUGACCAUCAAAUACAGAAAGAGCUGGUCGGGCGAGCUGCCAAAAUUCUGA